AUGAGCAGACAUAGGGAGGAGACUCAUCGCGAAGAGACCAGUCGCCCAGUCUCGCAGCUCAGCCAAUUCAGUGAACAGAAGAGUUUCAAGAGGAAUGUGGAAGAGAAAACGGAAACCAAAACCAUCCCUGGAACGACAACCCUCUACACUUCGGAUUCGAACCGAAACUUUUCCGCUCAGGAUGUCUUCAAUAAAAAGGAAGAGAUGAACGAAACUCUUCCACUGGGAAGUAUUAGCAAUACACAUGCUAAUACUCAGGGUGGAUACCGAGACCAACAGGGCCAUGACGUCUCUUAUAAGCGAGAAACACAGACAGCUGUUGACCCUGGCAAGGAAUACGCGCUUCUGAAGGAGGAAGAGAAAAGGGUGGUGGAGACCGAUUUGGAGCCCGGUGUAAUCUCAAGGCACGUGACCACAAAAUACUACAAGAAGAAGACCGUAACCGACACCACAACGACAACAACCCCGCAGUGA